GCUCGGUGGUUUCCCUGGUUUCACUGCUUUCACUGGGUUCACACCGGAUUGAGAUGGGUCCUAACCUGACAACUUUCUGCCGUCGUAAUAUCGAAAUCGAAAACCCGGCGUAAAUGUCUACCAUACUUGAGGCAUGGUAUAAGUGGAAAGCGCUGCGUCUUCCCUGGCGCAAGCGCUUCCUUGUCGGCCGCGAUCUAAAUGGAAACACGUUUUGGGAGUUCCGCGAGUCUCGUGGCGCAGGUCCCGGCCGCUUCCGCCGAAUUGUCAAGUACCCACGAUCAACACACUAUUCCGAGGUCAAGGUCUCUCCCAUUUGGCAUCAAUGGCUGCGACAUGUACGCGAGCAGCCUCCUUCGCUGCAAGAACAAGCCCAGGACAUUAAGCGCCAGGAGAAGAUGAAGAUACUUGCUGCGCAGGCAAACGCGCGCUGGGAGGCGAAACCAAGGGUCAUGGAUGCCCCAGGUCAAGAAUACGGCCAGCCAGUCCCGGCGCUGGAUACCAUGAAGACACAACCCAUUGCCCCGGAGGCGCAUACCGUCAACAAGAACAAGUCAGAUUCAGCGACGCAAGAACAACUCAAUUCGGACCCCGAAUUACGCAAGAAGAAGUAUGGAUAUGAUCCGUGGGACAAGGCAAAAGGACCCGGCGAAGGAUGGCAGCCCCAGGCCUGGACACCUCCAGCAAGCAAGAGGAAAUAACUAUGGAAAAAACUAGACCCGACAAAGUAAUCUAGUCCCAAUUGUAAAAAUACCUUGUACAGUACAACAGAACCCGGUUCCUCCUGAACUGAUAGCAUCCCGUACGCCGAGUCCAGGGGGCCAAAAGAAGCUCCAGUAAUGUCUGACUUUAU